AAAGCAGUGGCAGGCUGGCAGGCGGCGGAGGUGGCAGUUCUCUGCCCGGGCCAGUAGGCAACAGCAUGGAACGGGCCGGCCCCGGGAACGGCAGCCAUGAAACUUGGGGGGCUCUUCGGGUGCGGCAGCUGCAGCUUAGGGAGCUGUGCCCGGGAGUGAACAAUCAGCCCUAUGUCUGUGAGAGUGGCCACUGUUGUGGAGAGACUGGCUGCUGCACCUACUACUAUGAGCUCUGGUGGUUCUGGCUGCUUUGGACCAUCCUCAUCCUCUUUAGUUGCUGCUGUGCCUUCCGUCAUCGUAGAGCCAAACUCCGCCUGCAGCAGCAACAGCGCCAGCGUGAGAUCAACCUGUUAGCCUAUCAUGGAGCCUACCACGGUGGUGGCCCCAGCUCAGGGGGCUCCGGCCUUGACUUACGCCUUCUCACCUCCUUCAAGCUUCCUGCCUAUGAGGAUGUAGCUUGCCGCCCUGGAACCCCACCUCCCCCAUACAGUGUGGCUCCUGGGCCCCCAUCACCCAGCUCCAGUGACUGCACCAGCUGUUCCUGUGCCUCCAGCUGCCCCCCUUCUCCACUUGGUCCUAUAGGGGCCUCUUCCAGGACCCACCCACACAGGGUAGAAUGGGAGAGUGGAGCUGGGGCAGUUGCCCAAAGUCAGCCUGGGGAUAUGGGGGAAGGGGAGAGUCCAGCACCCCCAGACCGGUCCUGCCGCCAUCGAAGGCUGACUGGAGAUUCGGGAAUCGAGUUGUGUCCUGGUACCUGCCAUGGUCUAGUUGACCAGGGUCCUGCCAAACCAGGGUGGGCAGAGCCACCACCACUCCAGGAGAGCAGUGUCUGUUCCCUCAAUUCAGCCCCUGCUGAUCCUGUUCCCUGUGAAUUCCCAGUCUCUUCUGAAGGGUCUGGACCCAGGCAGAGCUGUGCUCUGACUCCUGGGGGAAGGGGUUCUGGCAGUAGUAACUGCAUAUAGGAAAAGAGUGGUUGGUUGCCCUUCCCGUUCACAUACCCGACACCUCAGGUCUCAUUAAAGAGAUUUAACUAGC